GGAGCGGAAGUUAGUCAUUGACUGCAGGGCCCACGGGUGAGAGUGAGUCCGCGGUGAGGGAGUCAAGUGUACCGCUGGCCCGGCAAGCCGCGCAGGAGGCAGCAGCCGGCAGACCUGAGAGCCGCAGGGCUGUCUGAGAGCUUGGCCCCGGAUUGCGUGGAAUUGCUCUCAAGCCUGAGCAUUUCACCUUCUAUCCCCCCUGAUGGCCAGAACUUCCUGGGCUGAGAGAGAGUGUUAAGGAAGACUUCAAAGCCUGGGAGGGAAAUGACCUUUCAUGGAAUACCUCCUGCUACGUGUUUUUGCUGAGCUCCAGUAACGGACACACAUGGCCCUGGGUCUGCAGAAAGUCAACUAAUCAUCAGACUCCUCAUCAUGCAUCAACUAUUCAGACUAGUUUUGGGGCAAAAAGAUCUUUCACGAGCUGGGGACCUCUUCUCCUUAGAUGAUGCUGAGAUUGAAGACAGCCUGACAGAAGCUUUGGAGCUAAUUAAAAUAAUCAGCUCAUCUUCAGAUUACCAAACCAACAAUAACGACCAGGCAGUGGUUGAAAUCUGUGUCACCCGAAUCACAACAGCCCUCAGAGAGACAGAGUCCAUCGACAGGCAUGCCAGGGCCCUCGUGGGGCUCUGGGACUCCUGCUUGGGGCACAACCUGAGAGCAUCCGGGAAAGGUGAAGACUCUCCGCAUGCAAAAAUUGCAUCUGAUAUCACGAGUUGCAUUUUACAGAAUUAUAACCGCCCUCCUGUGAUGACAUUGGCCAUCCCCAUUGCGGUGAAAUUUCUGCACAGAGGCACCAAGGAACUGCGCAGGGACAUGUCUAACUACCUAUCCCUGGCUGCAAUCACCAAGGCGGAUCUCCUAGCUGGUCACACGGAGGCUAUCGUGCAGAGCAUCCUCCAAGGGAAUGCCAUGCUGCUGCGAAUCCUCUCUGCUGUGUACGAAAAGCAUCCUCAGCCCAUUAACAGGCACCUAGCAGAGCUCCUUGCUUUGAUGCCUCAGCUGGAGCAACCAGAGCGGUACCACCUUCUGCGGCUUCUGCAGGCAGCAGCCAAAAGGAAGCAACCGGAGAUAAUUCAGGAGGGGAUACCUUUCCUAAUUGGGCAGUUGAACGACUCGACCCAUAAUGAUGUCAUCCUAAACAUCCUCAUAGAGAUAGCAGGCUACGAACCAGUGGCCUUGAGCAGUUUUCUUCCAGUGCUGAAAGAGAUCGGUGAGCGGUUCCCCUACCUCAUCGGACAAGUUGCAAGGAUCUUUGGGGCUGUUGGGCGUGUGGAUGAAGAGAGCGCAAGGAGCUGUCUGAGGUACCUCGUGAGCCAGCUGGCCAGUGCGGAGCACUCUUUCCACCAUCUUCUCCUGCUGGAGAUUAGGAGCAUCGCCGAUGCCUUCUCCUCCCUCCUGGGCCCUCAGAGCAGAGACAUCUUCCGCAUGAGCAACAGCUUCACCGCCAUCGCCAAGCUCCUCACCCGACAACUGGAAAACACCACAGCCAGAAGUGGCAGGAGAAAAUCCAGCCCUGAAAUUGAAUCUCCUAAGAAGUUGGAAGAGACCAAGCUUGCCGUAGGUGAAAACGAUGAUCCCGCGAGGCUCCUCGUGAAACCACAGGCAUUUAAAGAGCAAGUAAAUCCCGAGAGCGCCACCACUGGCUCUCUCCGAAGACACAGCCUGGGCCACGUUCCUAAGGAAGAAAGGAGAGGCCUUCGAUUUAACAGGUCAAAAAGUUUGGCUUUGCACACUGGGCUAGCCAAAGGUGUGAGUCCAGACAAUGAGGACGAUGUGGAGAUUGGUGAUGCACCAGCCAGGAUCUCUCUUUCAGAACUAGACCCACUUAGCCAAGAAGAGGACCAAGCAUCCUUCAAGGCAGACAUGGACAGAUCACAGCUGCAAAACUCUUUGGCUUCCCACCUCAGUGUUGAACAUCUAGAACCAGAGAAUGUGCCGGAAACCAUUAAGGGGCCCUUCCAGGAAGGAGCGCCAGAGACAGCCACAAGUCCUGUAGGACCCCAAGACAAGCUCUACUUACAUUUAAAGGAGAACCUCAAUAAAGUGAAAGCGUAUGCCAUGGAAAUGGGGAAGAAGAUUCCUGUUCCUGACCAGUGUACCAUUGAAGAUACUGUUAGAAGCUGUGUGGCAAAGUUGUUCUUCACCUGCUCCCUGAAGGGUCAUUACUGUCUAUACAGUAAAUCCAGUUUUAUUCUCAUCAGUCAAGAACCUCAGCCUUGGAUCCAGAUCAUGUUUCUGUUUCAGCAGAGCCUGUUUCCAGAGCCCCUGUCCAUACAAAGUCGUUCUGUGCAGUUUCUCAGAGCUCUGUGGGAGAGGACCCAAGAAGAGGGCGCUCACAGUUUUGAAACAGCUAUGUUGGCGUCCACAUUUCCUUGUCAAAAGGAUCUGGACCAGGUACAGCUCCAUCUGGAAGAAGUGAGGUUCUUUGAUGUGUUCGGCUUCAGCGAAGCAGCGGGAGCAUGGCAGUGCUUCAUGUGCAACAAUCCUGAAAAAGCAACCGUUGUAAACCAAGACGGCCAGCCUCUCAUAGAAGGAAAACUGAAAGAGAAGCAAGUCAAGUGGAAGUUCAUCAAAAGAUGGAAAACCCGCUACUUCACCCUGGCUGGAAAUCAGCUCCAGUUUCAAAAAGGAAAGUCUAAAGAUGACCCUGAUGACUGGCCAAUAGAACUCAGCAAAGUACAGAGUGUGAAAGUUGUGACCAAGAAGCGCAGGGACCGCUCUCUCCCUCGGGCCUUCGAGAUCUUCACGGACAAUAAAACCUAUGUUUUCAAGGCCAAGGAUGAGAAGAACGCAGAAGAAUGGCUGCAGUGCAUCAACGUGGCAGUUGCACAAGCAAAAGAGAGGGAAAACAGCGAGGUGACCACCUAUCUGUAGCACUCCUCAGUCGUAUGAGCACUGAUUGUGUACAACACGCACUACGUUUUCAUGGCAAAUGCCAGUAUACGCACUAAAGCAGCCUCCACCUCUAAAUAGCUGAGAAGCAGUGUCCGUGAGAAGCAAAUUGAAGAACUUAACAGCUUUUGCAUUCAUUGUGAAAAAUAUAAGGGCUUUCCAGAACCCACCCUGUUCCCGUGUGGGACCAGAAAGGGACUGUUAUUGAUAGGAGAACAUCUGUGUAUAUAUCAUUGUAAAAAUAUAAGAAUAAGAAGACAAUUUUAAAUGAUAGCUAGACCACCUCCCUGAGGAAGUACCAGGCACCUUGAUUACAAUGUGGUGUCACUGUUAGGUAAACAUUGGUCUGCUGGCUGCAAGGUCAGUGAUUCAAACUCACUAGCAGUUCUGAGGUAGGAAGAUGAGGCCAUCCAUGCUGAUAAAUACUUAUAUACUCAGAAUAUUAUCUAGGGGCCCUAGGAGAGAGAAUUGACUGGCUGGGGGGGGUGGUGACUAAUUUUGGCUAAUUUUAAUACAACAGUCUAAAUCUUGAAAGUAUUUUCUAUUUUAUUUUUAAAUAACGAUCCUUGGAAAAAACUAAGUACCUUACCUGUAAAUAUAUACGUAUACUCUCCUAAUAUAAAUCAAGUUAACACAUGGCAAAGUAGUUAAGCCAGUUUGUGAUUCAGAACAGUUUCUGUGAUGAUUCUUUUUAGAGUUAUAUAAUGUGAUCCAAUGCUUACAGACUUGGGUAUAGCUCCUGCUCAGGGCAGUAGGUGUGAGAUAGCACAAGCAUAAAAUAACACUGUCCACCUUCAAAAUUUGUGCCAUUUGAAUUAAACUUUAAGAUUUUAAACUUUCUUCCUUUGUAGUCAACCUUUUAAAGGCCCAAACUAUAAACUUAUUGGUGUGUGUCAUGACGUUUUUAUGUUUUAGAAGAUGUGGUCAGCCGAAUUCUGAGCUCCAAUGGCACCUGCCCUUCUACAUUCCCCCCUCCUGGAGUGUGGGAAGAGCCUAACCUACUUCUAAGCAACAGGCUAUGGCAACGGUGAUGAAAAGCCUCCCCCAUAAAGAUGUUACUGUCUAUAGGAAAGGAAAAGAUUUUUUGCAC